AGUUAUAGAAACUCCAUGUGUCUUAUAGCCAUAUCUUAAAGAACAAGAACUACUAACUGGAUAUCUGGUGUCACUACAUUGGAUUCCAGACACUUUUUUAUUGUAUGCUGGUGUUGGAACCCAGGGCAUCAUGCAUGUUAGGCAAACAUUCUACCACUGAGUGACACCCCAGACAGUUUUUUAAUUAAAGUGUUUUCACCAUCUUGGGAAAAUAAAAAAAGAAAAACAACUUUCCUCGUAUACUCUCACUGAACAAUCAGCAUAGAAAACUUCUCUGGCCACUUGUGUAGGGGCUCCCAACCUUCUAUCAAGCAAGCAAUCAAUUCUGCACCAGUGGGGUAUUCUCUAAUCCAUUUCAGCUGUGACCGUAUUUGUCUGGAGAUAGCUCAUGUCUUCCAGGUUGAAGACUCAGCCCCCAAGACUACCCCCCCUUCAGAUGCCAGUCAAAGGCUCCAGGUUGUUUUCCAUGUGCUUCUGACUGACCUGUAUAAAUCUGGGUUCCCAUCCCCCUUCUCAGAUCAAUUAAUUUAUUAGAGUGGUUCAUAGAACUCAGGGAAACCUUUAGUUACAUUUACUGGCACAUCACAAAGGAUAUUAAUGAAUACCAAAUGAAAAGAUGCAUAGGGCAAGUAGGGGAGACAGACACUUUCUGGGUGUUCCAUCUUCCAGGAACCUCUGUGAUCUUAGCUAUCUGAAAUUUUCCAAAACUCUGUCUUUUAGGGUUUUUUGGGAGGCUUCUACCCCAACCAAGGUCACUGCAUAGCAUGCUUGAUUGAAUCACUGGCCUUUAGUGAUCAGGUUAACCUUUUCAGCCCCCCCUCCCCUCUAUACCUCCCCUUUCCUCCAUUCCUAACCCCGGAUUGGGGGUCCAGGCUAAAAGUCCUAACCCUCUAAUCCUGCCUUGGUCUUUCUGGUGACCAGUUUUCAUCUGAAGCCAUUGAUCAUGUCAUGUCAAAGAUACUUAUCCCUUUGAAGAUCCAAGAAUUUUAGGACUUGUAUAUCAGAGAAGGAAGAGAAAUAUAGAAGACUUCUGCGCUCUACCCCAACCAAGUACUAGGGAUUGUAUCCAGGCUUUUGCACUUGGAGACACCCCAUCACUGAGCUACAUCUCACUCUUGAACUUGGUAUCCUCCUGCCUCAGCCUCUCGAGUAGCUGGGAUUUCAGACACACUGCAGAGAGACCUUUCUGUCCUUCCUGAGCGCACAGAUGCUGGACAGAUGAUUGUCCUCUGCCCUGUGCUGCUGUAGGUGGCCCAGACUUGGAGCUGUCCAGCAGGAAAGUAUGGAUUCCAAAGAUGAAAGCUCACACGUGUGGCCGACGUCUGCAGAGCAUGAACAGAAUGCCGCACAGGUGCACUUUGUUCCAGAUGCUGGAACUGUGGCUCAGAUUGUCUACACUGAUGACCAGGUCCGUCCACCCCAGCAGGUGGUGUACACGGCAGAUGGUGCCUCCUACACUUCAGUGGAUGGUCCCGAGCACACACUGGUAUACAUCCAUCCUGUGGAAGCUGCACAGACUCUGUUUACAGACCCAGGCCAGGUAGCUUAUGUCCAACAGGAUACUACAGCUCAGCAGGCCUCAUUACCUGUGCAUAACCAGGUACUGCCUUCCAUUGAAAGUGUGGAUGGUUCUGACCCUUUGGCAACUCUGCAGAAUCCAAUAGCUAGACUGGAGGCAAAAGAAGAAGAGGAGGAGGAGGAGGAUGAGGAUACUGAAGAAGAGGAGGAAGAAGACGGUGAAGACACAGAUUUGGAUGACUGGGAGCCAGACCCACCCCGGCCCUUUGACCCCCACGACUUGUGGUGUGAGGAAUGUAAUAAUGCCCAUUCUUCAGUGUGCCCCAAGCAUGGCCCCUUGCAUCCCAUCCCCAAUCGGCCUGUGCUCACUCGGGCAAGAGCGAGUCUCCCCCUGGUCCUCUACAUAGACAGGUUCCUUGGAGGAGUGUUUUCAAAAAGGCGCAUUCCCAAGCGUACCCAGUUUGGCCCUGUGGAGGGACCCCUUGUCAGGGGGUCUGAACUGAAAGACUGUUACAUUCAUCUAAAGGUUUCUCUUGAUAAAGGGGACAGAAAAGACAGGGAUUUGCAUGAAGACCUAUGGUUUGAGUUGUCUGAUGAGACCCUGUGUAACUGGAUGAUGUUUGUACGUCCAGCCCAAAACCACCUGGAGCAGAACCUGGUGGCUUACCAAUAUGGCCACCAUGUGUAUUAUACAACGAUAAAGAAUGUGGAACCCAAGCAGGAACUGAAGGUGUGGUAUGCUGCAUCCUAUGCUGAGUUUGUGAACCAGAAAAUUCAUGACAUCUCUGAGGAAGAAAGGAAAGUUCUUCGAGAGCAAGAGAAGAAUUGGCCCUGCUAUGAAUGUAACCGCCGGUUUAUAAGCUCAGAGCAAUUGCAGCAGCAUCUCAAUUCUCAUGAUGAGAAACUGGAUGUGUUUAGCAGAACAAGAGGCAGAGGGAGGGGACGAGGCAAGAGACGAUUUGGUCCAGGUCGAAGGCCAGGGCGUCCUCCAAAAUUUAUCCGCUUGGAAAUAACCAGUGAAAAUGGAGAGAAAAGUGAUGAUGGGACACAGGACUUGCUACAUUUUCCCACAAAGGAGCAGUUUGAUGAGGCUGAACCAGCUACUCUGAAUGGGCUGGAUCAACCGGAACAGACCACUAUCCCAAUCCCUCAGCUGCCACAGGAAACUCGGUCGUCUCUGGAACAAGAACCAGAAACUCACACCCUUCACCUACAGCCACAGCAUGAAGAGAGUGUGGUACCCACCCAGAGCACUUUGACCGCAGAUGACAUGCGCAGGGCCAAACGCAUCCGAAAUGCAGCUCUUCAGCAUCUGUUUAUUCGGAAGUCCUUCCGGCCUUUUAAGUGUUUGCAGUGUGGGAAGGCCUUCCGGGAAAAGGACAAACUGGACCAACACUUGCGCUUCCAUGGGCGGGAGGGGAAUUGCCCAUUGACCUGUGAUCUCUGUAACAAGGGCUUCAUCAGCAGCGCCUCCUUGGAGAGCCACAUGAAGCUCCAUUCGGACCAGAAGACUUACUCUUGCAUUUUUUGCCCAGAAUCCUUUGACCGCCUUGAUUUGUUGAAAGAUCAUGUGGCCAUUCAUAUCAAUGAUGGCUAUUUUACCUGCCCAACUUGUAAGAAACGGUUCCCAGAUUUUAUCCAGGUGAAAAAACAUGUGCGCAGCUUCCACUCAGAAAAGAUCUACCAGUGUACAGAGUGUGACAAAGCCUUCUGCCGCCCUGACAAACUGCGACUCCACAUGCUCCGGCAUUCAGACCGAAAAGAUUUCCUAUGUUCUACCUGUGGGAAGCAGUUUAAGCGAAAAGACAAACUACGGGAACACAUGCAAAGGAUGCAUAAUCCUGAGAGGGAAGCCAAGAAAGCUGACCGUAUCAGCCGCUCCAAGACCUUCAAACCUCGAAUCACAUCCACGGACUACGACAGCUUUACCUUCAAGUGCCGGUUAUGCAUGAUGGGCUUCCGGCGACGGGGCAUGCUGGUAAAUCACUUAUCAAAGAGGCAUCCAGACAUGAAGAUAGAAGAAGUGCCAGAGUUAACUCUACCCAUCAUAAAACCAAACCGGGAUUACUUUUGCCAGUAUUGUGAUAAGGUUUAUAAAAGUGCCAGCAAGCGUAAAGCCCAUAUUCUGAAGAACCAUCCAGGAGCUGAGCUCCCACCAAGCAUUCGGAAACUUCGUCCUGCUGGUCCUGGAGAGCCAGACCCCAUGCUGAGCACCCACACCCAACUGACGGGCACCAUUGCCACUCCUCCUGUCUGCUGCCCUCACUGCUCCAAGCAGUACAGCAGCAAGACCAAGAUGGUCCAACAUAUUCGAAAGAAACAUCCAGAGUAUGCUCAGCUUCCCAACACCAUCCAGACGCCCCUGACCACAGCUGUGAUCAGUGCUACCCCAGCUGUUCUGACAACAGAUAGUGCCACUGGAGAGACUGUGGUGACAACAGACCUGCUAACCCAAGCGAUGACAGAAUUGUCUCAGACCUUAACAACUGAUUACCGAACACCACAGGGAGACUACCAGAGGAUUCAGUACAUCCCUGUGUCCCAGUCUGCAUCUGGGCUCCAGCAACCUCAGCAUAUACAGCUUCAAGUGGUACAGGUGGCCCCGGCCACUUCCCCUCACCAGUCUCAGCAGUCCACUGUGGAUGUUGGACAGCUCCAUGAUCCUCAGACCUACACACAACAUGCUAUCCAGGUGCAGCACAUCCAAGUCACUGAGCCCACAACCUCAGCCCCGUCAUCAUCCCAGGUGGCUGGGCAGCCACUGAGCCCUUCCGCUCAGCAGCCUCAGCAGGGGCUCAGCCCCUCCCAUAUACAAGGCAGUUCUUCCACACAGGGGCAGACUCUGCAGCAGCAGCAGCAGCAGCAAAACUCCUCUGUGCAACACACGUACCUUCCCAAUGCUUGGAAUUCUUUCCGAGGCUACUCAUCUGAGAUUCAAAUGAUGACACUUCCCCCAGGUCAGUUUGUGAUUACAGACAGUGGUGUAGCAACUCCUGUCACUUCUGGCCAAGUGAAGGCGGUUACUCCGGGUCAUUAUGUAUUAUCAGACGGUCAAACAGAAUUGGAGGAAAAGCAAACUUCUGCCCUUUCCAGUGGCGUCCAGGUUCAGACAUCUGCACACAGUGACUCUCUGGAUUCCCAAACCACCAGCCAACAGCAGACCACACAGUACAUCAUCACCACCACGACCAAUGGGAAUGGAAGCAGUGAAGUGCACAUCACUAAACCCUAGUUUUCACCGUGGAGCUAGCGUGGAGCAUUCACAUCAUGUAUUUUCUCAUUCAUAAGUCUGAAGCUUCUGAUACCCAGACCUCUUUUUUAAGAUUUAGUAUUCACUCAAAGAAUUUGAAGACUACAAUUUUGGCGUGCACACGCACGCGCACACGCGCGCGCACACACACACAUAUGUGGGGAUUAUUUUGCCAAGGUCUUCAUUACCAAAUUGACUCUUCAAGCCCUCAGAGCUUCUGCCAUGAAAUGGAGAUCUUUCAGGGGAAAGUAGAUUUCAGGAUGGAGAAACUUUGUCUUGCUCGAGUUGGUUUUUUACCAUACUGAUAAGCCUUACUUUCCUUCAUGGAAAUAUUAAGUGGCAUAUUUGUGUUCAUACCAAAGGUGGAGACAGGCUGUGCCAAGUCCAUGGUCAUUGGACUUCUGAAUUCCAAGCCAUGGCACCAAAGGAGAAUGGGCAUUUCACAGGUGUGAUUUAAAUCAGGACUUGUAAGUUUGAGUUUUCAGUAAUUUAACAAAGGGAGCUUACUGGAUAAGAAAAUAAAAAUGAUGAGACAAAAGUUUGACAGUGGUGUUCUGAAGGGAAAACUGUCAUUUAAAAUUUUCUUAUUGCUGACUUUCUUUUCUUUUUUCUUUUUUUAGAUAGGGGUGUUGCUAUGUUGGUUAGGCUGGUCCUGAACUCCUGGGCUCAAGUGAUCCUCCUGCCUCAGCUUCCUGAGUAGCUGGGAUUACAGGCAGGCCACCAUGAUUUUUUUUUUUUUUAAAUUUUCAUAUAUUAAAAGACUAUGGUUAGUGGUUGAUAAUACUUUUCACAGAUCUUGGUCCUCAGCAGAUUAGGGCAGAACCUCAUGUCCUGAUAGUUCUUUCUUUAUUAUUUCACAACGGUGGGUGGACUCCCCAAAAUAGAAAAGACUGCUAGAUGUUAGCAGAAUUUAAGCCCCUACAUGAAACUUUUGCCUUCCAUUCUCUGGUUGCAGUUGUAUUAAGGGCAUAUUGGUACCAAGAGAAUUUACCCAAAUUAAAACUAUCCUGUGGGGGCGGGGGGCAGAGAGGGGGACCUGAAACACUGUCCUGCCUUGCAGCAUCCAUUUAUCAUUAAUUGGUAAAAGUUGAAUUCCUUGUUCUUACCAAGUAUACAUUUAACUCCCCCUGCCACUCUUUUUUUUUUUUUUUUUUGUGUGUGUGUGUGUGGUGCUGGGCUUAAACCCAGGGCCUCAAGCAUGCUUGGCAGGUGCUCUAAUAACUGAAUUGCACCUUGAGCCCCUACAUUUAACUCUUGUUCACAGCAUUCAGUGUAUUUUAUUACUUUCAAUGCUGUCUUAAAAUGAACAUUCUUUAAAGUUGGAUGGAAAGGUGGCCUUCCUUAUUUCUAAAGACUUUUAAUUUUAAACAUAUUGUAACUCAUCUGGACCUUUUUAUGAGAUGACCAACUUCACACUUAGGGGGAAAUUAAAAUGCAGGGACCAUUUAUAAUAUAUGAGGAUAAUAUAAAGGAUCUGGAAGAAAUUGUCUCUUUAUGAAUAUUAUACUGUCAGGUGGGAGAGGAAAUGGUUUGUCUUAUAUGUGUUCCUGUUUAGUAGGAGUCUUGUGUGCUAUGAAUUCAGUGGGGAAAAGUAUUUACCCUCUUUUUACUGUACAUUCCAAUUGUACCUGUGAAACAUUUCAGUCAGUACAUAUUUUAACAACAUUUUGUGACAUGCAUUUUUAGAAUAAUUAUUGUAUAGUGAAUUUAUCAAUCCAGAUCAAGAAGACCUAAAUACGUUUAAAAUGAAGUCAACUAAUUAUUUUAUUUAUAUUUCUGAGUGAAAACUGGUUCUGUGAAUUAAGAAGCAUAGUAGCUUCUUUAUGGUAAAGGUAUCUUUCUGAAAAGUAAAAAGAAUUCUUUUCUACUAACUUUACUAAUAUGUAGAUCUUGCACUUUAUUUUUGAGACCUCAUUCACAUAGCUAUCUCUGAAAAUUUGGGAACUAAGAGGACUUGAGAAAGAUUCUUCAAAAAUGUUUGGAAACUGAAAAUGGACUUUCUAUCUUUGGUAACAAAGAAGUAACAUCGAUAUUUUCAACAGAAAAUAUUGACCUUGAGUCACAAAACGCAGACUCUAGUUCCCAAAGUUCCACAAUGUAAUGAUUGUAAGUAGCCUAUUGCCCUCUAGAAAGACUUGUUAGGAGGAGAAUACUAGACUUUUCCAAAGGUCCAGUUUGGGUUUUUGUAACUUAUAUUUGGCCCUGUUGGGUUCUUUUUAAUUUGAUCCAGCAAGGAAUCUUCCCUCUUCUCAGGAAUAACUUAUUGAUUAAAAUAAAAAAUUAUCACUGAAUAGAAUGUUCGUUUUAUGCCAGUUAUUUUAAGUUUUAAAAUACACAGAGGAAGGUCUUGUUGAAGAACUUCGUCUCUUUCCCUUCUAAGUUUUUCCUUUGUCUUUUUUAGUCCUUAUGUGGAAUAAAUUAAGACUCUAAAACUAACGUUAUCAACCAGAGAUGCAGGUGGCACUAAAGCCAAACAACAUUUCUUUAGGAUCAGGUAUUGUGCACAUUAAUUCCAAGGUAAUAUUUUCAAAAGGACUUGGAUUUGAAGAGAUAGCAGAGUAUAAUUCCUCUGAAGACCUAAUUUGGGAAACACGUAUGUAGCCAAUGUUUGUUUUGUGGCCACUCCCAAAACACACUGACACUGUAGACUUUAUUCAGUGCAGAGUGAUAUUUUGGAGUAGGGUGGAUAUAAAUUUUACAUUUUUAUUGUUUGAUUUAUACCCAAAUAGACAUUUCAUCAUGUAAAAUUUCUGUUCUUCUGGAAAAAGUUUUUGUUUUGAUCUUGAAUUAUUUUCUGACUUGGAAUUAUCCUUUCAGAAAAGUCUUAAGAUAGCUAGGGCUAAAAAGCACUUCAUGAGAUGCUAAAGCUUACCCAUUGGUUGAAUAUGUUGACCCUAUCCUAUUAUUUAAAUGUGAACAUUUCUUGUACAUUCAGUGAGUUAUAGUGUUAAUAGUCUUGUGCUAUGCAGCAGGUGUAAAAAUUAAUAAAUAUAUUUUUUAAUAAACAUGUUUUUUGUUUGUAUAUAUAAAGCUAUAAGAGCUACUGAGAUGGUUAAACCCUUUUUUUUUCCUUUUAAAUUUUACAAAAAUUUCUGGUUCCCAAUCAGCAUUUAAGAAGCUUGAAAGGUUGCUACUCCAUCCUACCAACAAGUAAAAAGUUGAAGAAACUGAAAAAUUAACAACUUUUUAAAUUUAUUUUUUUUUAGAACAGGGAUUGAUCUCAGGGGUGUUCUACCACUGAGCUAUACACACAGCCCUUUUUACUUUUUUCUUUUGAGAUAGGGUCUCUCUAAGUUGCUGAGACUGGCCUCAAACUUGUGAUCCUCCUGCUUCAGCCUCCUGUGUAACUGGGAAUAUAACCAUGCUCCAUUACAUAAGACUCAACAACUCUUCUUAGAUCCAUCAGAAAGUAAGGUAACAGAACAAACUGCCACCCUCAAAAUUGGAGAGAUUGACAAGUGAAUGUAGAAUCUCAAACUAAAAUCAGCAGAAAUCCAUGAACAAAAAGGAGUAUGAGCCUCUAAGGGAACCAUUGCCAGGGUAGGAAACCCUGAAGUGUAAUCAAUGAAUUGCUGAAAGCUCACUGUGUACAAGCCUGAGACACAAAAGCUCCAAGGGAACCCCAUCAUUGGAAGAGAGGGAAUCCACAUUUUUUGAGUUUUACCUCCAUAAACUUGACUAGGUUCUCACAGUGAAUGAGAAAAAUUCCCUCAAGAUCCUGGAGAGAUAGGGAAGAAGGAACCCUUUUGAAAUAUAGGAGAGCACUACUUUUUUUUUAGUUAUAGAUGGACACAGUACCUUUUUUUAAAAAUUUUUAUGUAGUGCUGAGGAUCAAACUCAGUGCCUCAAGCAUGCUGGGCGAGCACUCUAGCACUGAGCCACAACCCCAGCCCCAGAGCACUACUUUUUUUUUGGAAGAUGGGCUUAAUCAUACUGUUCUCUUUAUUUUUGUGUAUUUGUGAGGAUUUCCAUAAUAAAAUAUUUUUUAAAUUGA